AUGAAGAGAAAACACGACUGGAAGAGGAGAAAAAACAGAAACUGGAAGAAUAAAGAAAGCAAAAAUUGGAAGAAGAGAAAAUACAAAAACGAGGAAGAGCGUAAAGAAUCUGGAACCCAAAUAAGACAUACACGGACAGCCAUAGUACUAACAUCGCUAACAAAGGACAAACAAGACGACAUAAUAAGACGAACACAGACAUCCGCAAAACUAGACAUAAAAGACGGGACAAGACAUAACGAACCGACAAUUAUUUUGACCGGAAUCAGAAAGGGACCAACACAUGACGAACUGACGGACGGCCUCAAACUAGAGAAUGACGAUUUAAAUGACAAUUUUGGAGACAGGCUAAAACUCUUGACAGUAGUAUCGACGAGACCUUGCAGGAAUCCAUAUAAAGAAAACGCCUACGUAAGAGGACCGACGGACAUUAUAAAAUACUUACUAAAGACGGAAAAGAUAUACCUAGACUUUCAGACUAUUUACAUCAACGAUGCCACACAGCUAGACCUAUGCUUCAGAUGCUGUCGAUACGGCCACGUAUCGAAGCACUGUAGGGAACAGACAGCGACUUGUUGCAAAUGCAGAGACGAACACGACGGAAAUGAAAAAUUAGAGUGCCUAACAAAUAAUUUCAAAAUAACAGACGAUCGGGGAUCGUUACUGUUUUCAGCCGACAAAAGAGAAGUCCUAGUUGGCUCUGAAAUGCUUCGGGUGGUCGGCGAAGGUGGUACCAAGUUCAGUGGAUCAGUUCAAACAAAUUUGGUACGGGCUGAGGCUGGACAUGAACUAAGAAAACACGAUUUGUUUCCAAACUUAGUGUAUGUAAAAUCGUCGAGUGUUAUUUUCCCGAAAAAUACUAUUUUAGCCGUUGGCCCCUUUUUCAUUAUUCAAACCAAUACCAAGUACAAAGGAAACGAGUAA